AACAAUACACCUCAGAAAUCAAUUGCUGCAGUGAGUGAGAAGCGACUUGUGAAUGCCAAACACUUCAGUAACACGUGCAACAACUACACAGUUGUAGUUAGCGCCUCAGCAAUAUUGCAACUAAAUAUAUUGAGACUCCAGCAAGUACCGACGUCAACAUCGCCAGCAGAAUGUAUAGAGCAGGAGAAACGUGCACACUCAACCCACUACAGUUCGGCGGAUUCGGCCAGGAACUGAAACCCAGUCUGGACUUCAACAUGUCCGGUGACUUCAUCAAUUUCGACUUGGCUUCCACCCAGUUCAACGACUUCUUCAGCUACAGCUCGGUCCCUGCAAUGGCUGACGACUCCGAGAUGGAGUGCGCCCUCAACGAAGAGACGAUGCAAACCCACGAGCCGACCAUUAAGGUGGAGGUGCCGGAGCCGUCAUCAUUGACUGAAUUGAUGGCGCCCCCACAGAGCCAGUAUGAUGAAGACAUGGACCAGGUCCAACAGCUGAUUGUGCGGGAAGUCAUGGGAGACAUUAUGACAGCUUGCCAACUGAUCGACAUCCCCACAGAUCCAUACACGUGGAACUCGGAGCAGGUUCAGAAGUGGGUGGAGUGGACGAGGCACCAGUACCGCCUGCCCGAGAUCAACAUUGGGUUCUUUGCCAUGGACGGGAUGAGGCUUUGCAACCUGACCGACGAACAAUUCAGACAGAUCCUGCCCAAGUCGGGAGACAUCCUGUUUGCGCACCUGGACAUCUGGAAGAAUGCUACAAGAAUGAAGUUUGCCGAUGCGAUCUUGUCCCCCUGCAUCCCAGUCCCCCAGGUUCCGUUGGACGAAGUCUGCAGCUACCACAUAGACCCCAGCUCACUUGGCGGAUACGAGACAUCAAGCACAAUCUCAAACAGUGAUGAUGAGGUUUCUAUCCCAUCUCCCAGCCCAACUGGACCCAACACCUUCAUGACCCCUAACCACACCGGCGGCAUCCACUUGUGGCAGUUCCUUAAGGAGCUGCUCCUGCAGCCAGAUUCUUACGGCUACUGCAUCCGGUGGUUGGACCGAUCACAAGGUAUCUUUAAGAUCGAAGACUCAGUUGAAGUGGCUCGGCUGUGGGGUCUGCGCAAGAACCGACCGGCCAUGAAUUACGACAAGCUUAGCCGCUCCAUCAGACAGUACUACAGAAAGGGCAUCAUGAAGAAGACCGAGGUGGCACAGCGUCUUGUCUACCAGUUCGUGCACCCGUGUUAGAAUCCUUGCCUGUUUGAGAAUUGCAACCCAUGUUAGAAUCCUGGCCCAUGUUAGAAUGAUGAUAUUGUUCCAAUCACAUGUUGAGGAACUCAAUGUGCCUUAAUGAUACCAUACAGAAAUUGUACAAAGAGCUAUUUAUUUUCUAAUAAAUUUAACUUAUUCUUUGUAAAUAGUUUACAAGUUGAAUGGUUUUAAAAGCAAGCUGCCAUAUGUCGCCUGUUUUAUACUUCUUUAAUUUAACAGAAUUUGUUUGUAUGACUUUGCUAGGUUUAACAGAAAGAAGUACUUUAGUAAUAUUAGAGCAUAACUUUGGUAUAAAAUCUUCCAAAUGGACCAAUUUUUUUUAAGCCGAGGAAGAAUAUCUGCAUAUUAUUUUUCAUAUAAAAAUACAUAUUGUGUCUGAACUACUUAAAUGCGGCUCAAAUCCUUAAAGAAAACAAAAAGGAAAAACUCAAACCCACCUUGAUUUUAAGAUUCAUGCUGAUUAUGAAAAGUAAUUAUAAGAUGGUUUAAAGGCAAAUUUCCACACAGGAUGAAGUAAAUUAUUGACUUUCAGAGCAAGAGUUGUGAAAAAUAAAUCUAAACCAGUCAAACUUUUCAAACUAAAAGAGAUUUUAACAUCCAGAAACAUAACAGUACUGUUUUGAUACUAUAAUUCUAAAUCCAGAGUUUUUAUUAAGUUCUCCUAAUUUGUUAGUUUUCUUUCUGGUUGUAUAUAUACAGUAUGACAUUGGAGCAGCACAUGCUUAACAGUUUAUUAAGAUAUUUGUAAGAAACUUGAAACAAGUUGUUUCACAAUUGUUGCAGCAGUAUGUUGCGUUGAGGUAUGUUCUAUGAACAACUUCAUAUGUAUACAUUAAAACUCUCGAAGGGGCAGACCAUGAUAUUGGUGGUGGUCGACAUAGCAAAAGAAGACUGUGUAUCGAAACAAAUCACGAAACAACAAAGACAGUAUAUUUUGAUACAUACUGCAAAGUGCCUUCAAACAGAAAAUUAUAAUGGCUUCCUUUUAAUUAUUAGGAGCACCACUUUUCUGACAAUUUAUUUCACUUUUGGACAGCCUAUGAUACACAGUCGAUUGUGGUCCCUAAAACAAGCCCCUUCAAGAUUUUUAUAUAAAGUAUUUUUUAGCAGCAUUUUUUUAGGUUGGCUAAUUUGAAUAAGUUUUAUAUUGUGUGAUUUUAGAAUGUUUUCCAUGAGUUGUGCAUUUUUAUGAGUUGAUCGUUUGUGACGUGAUAUUUUGUUUUAUGAAUUAUUACUUUUUGUUUUGAAUGAUUGACCGCAACAGUUUUUAGAAAUUAAUUAUAUAUUAUUGAUACAUGAAUAUGAAACUUGUUUCAACUUCAUGGCUAGAGCUUGUCCAGUGUGCAAAACGUUAUCGUUGAUGUUCAUUUUAUAAUUCUUAUUGCCAUAUGAUGACUUGCUUUUUAUGUUUUUAUAUUGAAGACCAAUUAAAUAUUUUUGCUUAUUUAUGAAAUGGAAAGAAA